GCUGCUGCUCUUUACAGCCAACCAGAGUUUUCAGAUGGAGUUUUCUCCUGUCUCCACUGAGGAUGUGAACACUGAAGGAUGCAUAAAGUCUGACACAUCUCACAGGAAAAGAAAAGUCUCAAGGGAUGUGGAGUUGGAAAUCGAGCUCUUGUACAAAGCUGUUCCUCAGCUGGCCAAAGUUUUCCGCAUCAUAGACAAAAUAGGAGAAGGAACAUUCAGCUCGGUGUACCUGGGUGAAGCACAGAUGCAGGAUGGGAGAAGAGAGAUGUUUGCGUUGAAGUACCUCAUCCCAACCAGCCACCCCACACGCAUUGCUGCAGAACUUCAGUGUCUGACUGUUGCGGGGGGCAGGGAGAACGUGAUGGGGGUGACGUUCUGCUUCAGGAAGGAGGACCGUGUGCUGAUUGUUAUGCCCUACAUGGAACACCAAGCUAUUGUGGACGUUAUUGGGUCACUAAGCUUUGAGGAGGUCCGCCUGUACAUCUACCACCUGCUAAAGGCCCUGAAACACAUCCACCAGUUUGGUAUCAUUCAUCGGGACAUCAAGCCAAACAACUUCCUCUACAACAGGAAGAGUAAAAAGUAUGCUCUGGUGGACUUCGGCCUGGCUCAGGGCACGGCUGACACCCAGAUCGAGCUGCUGAAGGUGGUGAGGCCGAGGUCGUCGCAGAAAGGUGGAGGGACUACGGGGAAACAAGAAGCUGCACCCCGGAGCAAAGCACCACCUAAAACCACCAGCACGGCCUCAACUUCACUGCCUCCACAACAAUCACUGCCUGCUUCCUCCUCCUCUUCCUCCACGUCCUCAUCGGCCUCUGGGAAAACUCUGGUUAAACGAGCACGCCCCGUCCCCACACUCGGCUCUCACACAAAACUCACAAAGGAACUGACGGGACUACGUAAAGUCCCACGACCUGUGUUUGGAGAGAGAAAUCUGAACAGCUGUGCUCCAGUUCGCUCCACUACGAAGCAAGCUGCCAGUAAAAAGGAGCUCAGAAAGCCUGCGGAUCUGGCCCCCCAGGGCCCGCUGCCUGUCAGGACCCAGAGCAGCAGUCAGAAACCACAGAAGGCCUUACAGCCGGGCCUCACAUGCAGCUGCUACCUCACUGACCGAGUCUGCAACAUCUGCAUGGCCAGGAAACAGCAGGUGGCACCCAGAGCUGGGACUCCCGGUUUCAGAGCGCCUGAAGUCCUCACCAAGUGUCCCAACCAAGGCACAGCCAUAGAUGUGUGGUCAGCUGGAGUGAUCCUGCUCUCACUUCUCAGCGGUCGGUACCCGUUCUUUAAGGCCAGUGAUGACCUGAUUGCCCUCACUCAAAUAAUGACUGUACGAGGCUCCAGAGAGACCAUCAGGGCAGCCAAAACAUUCGGAAAGGCAUUGGUGUGCAGUCAGGAACUUCCUUGUCAGGACCUCCGAACGCUGUGCGAGACGCUUCGAGGAAGCGGGUCGUCACGCAACAACAAAGUCACUCCAGCUGCAGAGGCCAAGUGUUCAGAGAAGAUCCAUGAUGAGACUCCCACCCACCGGCCCGCUGACCCAACCCUCCAUCCACACAGAGACGGAGAAACUGCAGCCUGCCUCACAAAGCAGAGUUCAGUAUCAGAUAGUGAGGUGGAGGAAGACGAGCUGGGCUGGGACACAGUCCCUGAUGAGGCCUAUGAGCUGUUGGAUCAAAUGCUGGACCUGAACCCUUCCACUAGAAUCACAGCUGCUGAUGCCCUGCAGCACCCUCUGUUCAACGAUCUGUGA